AUGAGCACCUUGCAGACAGCUGCCCUGGGUGACAGGCCUGGCCAGAAUGAUGGCUUCUUGCUGUCACAGCUAGUGCAGGCUGCUCCAGGAGAGGGCGCCAGCAACUGGAACAGCUGCCUGUGGCUGCGGAACUGCGGGCAGCAGGAUGCCGGCAAGUACAGCUGCAGGGCCCAGAACGAGCGGGGCCAGGCCUGCUGCGAGGCCGUGGUCACAGUGCUGGAGGUCGGAGACUUGGAGACAGGUGAGGAUGACAUCAGCGAUGUGCAAGGGACCCAGCGCCUGGAGCUUCGGGGUGACAGGACCUUCAGCACCCCCACAGGGGGCUCCGACACCCUGGUGGGCACCUCCCUGGACACUCCCCCGACCUCCAUGACAGGCACCUCCGAAGAGCAAGUGAGCUGGUGGGGCAGCGGGCAGACGGUCCUGGAGCAGGAAGUGGGCAGCAGGGGUGGCACCCGCCGCCUCCCGGGCAGCCCAAGCAGCGUCCCGCAGAGCGGACUGCACAGGGAGGAGCCCGACCUUCAGCCUCAGCCGGCCAGCGAAGCCCCUCGUCGCCCGGCCCUGCCGCCUCCCUCCAAAUCCGCGCUGCUGCCCCCACCGUCCCCG